AGCUGAAUGACCAUUUGCCGUCCACAGUUGAGAUUCGCCCUGUGAGACAUCUCGAUGCAGGGUCGAUCUGAAGCUUGAGCUGAGCCUCACCAACCCACUAACCACGCCCCUCUACGAUCCCACCGAGCAGAUCUCAGUAUUCACCGAGCAGCUCUCAGCUUCCACCAACCCACAUCGCCAGCAUGUCAGACGCAACAACCAUAUCGCCAGCGGGCAUCCAGCACCAACUAUCAAUCCCGCUUCCAAAAGCUCUAGCAGCGCGGAUCCACAUGCACUUAACGAUCCACACGCACCACCUGCUGUUAUUCAUCACGACUCGCACGCCCGAAACGCCGGGGAGCCCAGCACCCCUCGGGAGCUUCGUCUACGCGUUACCAUCUACCACGCAACCAACCCCACUCUCGACGACCCUCUAUUUCCGCGAGGACACUAUCGACGUGGCGACGCGGCUCGCAAAGAUUCUGGCGAAGCGCACGAUGCUCCCGGUAUACGUCGGCUGCUCGGUCAGCUUUAGUGCCGCCGGCAGGGGCGGGAAUGUUGACGAGGAGAUGGAGGGGAUCAGGAAUGUCGUGCGCACGGUUGUUGAGAGGGUUCAGGCCGCGAGGAUUGUGGAGGGCGUGGAGGAGGUGGUUAAGGGCGUGGAGGGGGUGAAGGUGUAGGACUGUGGGGGAUGGGGAUGGAUGGGUGGAUGGGGGUGGAUGGGGCGUUGGGGUGUGAUACGAUCUGCUUUUGUUUUGUUUUGCGUUGUGGUCUUUUUG